UAUCAGAAUAUAUCCCUCGCUCUCUCUCACUCUUUCUUUCUCGAUCGUUCAAUCUGCGAGAAGAAGAAGAAGGUGAAAGUUUAGCAGAUGGGGAAAGACGCAAAGUCUGGUGGGAAGGGUAAGGGAAAGCAAGCAAGUGGCAGUGAUGAUGCUGCUGCCUCCAAGGGUAAAGGCAAAUCUGGAAAAGCCGCUGAUGGUCUUGGAACAUGCACUUAUGUUAAAGCUAGACAUGUUUUGUGCGAAAAGCAAGGGAAGAUCAACGAGGCAUACAAAAAGUUGCAGGAUGGUUGGUUGAGCAAUGGAGACAAGGUUCCUCCUGCUGAGUUUGCAAAGAUUGCAGCAGAGUACUCGGAGUGCCCGUCCGGGAAAAAAGGAGGAGAUCUUGGAUGGUUCCCUAGAGGAAAGAUGGCUGGUCCAUUCCAAGAUGUUGCCUUCAACACUCCUGUUGGUGUCACCAGUGCCCCCUUCAAAUCUACGCACGGAUACCACAUUAUCUUGUCUGAAGGAAGGAAGAACUGACAGAUUACAUAUCUGAAAUGCUCUGCUCUACUCUUGUGGAAGUCACUUGCUAGUUGUUUACUGUAACCUAUAUAUAAAAAAAAACUCAGCCUUUGUUGUUCUGGUUAAAAUGUUUGCUUCAAAUUGUUAACAAAUCUUCUCUGCCGUUUUGAAUAAUGAAUUUCUUAAAGGCUAUUUUAUA